ACGGGGAGGGGCAAGUUUUGUUUACACACAAUUGAUCUGUUUGGCUGAGAUGUUCGAUAGCUCGGCAUAGACGGUUUUGAGAGUCGUGGACGAUAGCUGAAUUAAAGUUUUGCAUUCCUGCCCCGAUGUUUUCUCCACAUCGUCUGCAGAGCUUAUCAUGUUUUACAAUGCCGAGGCAGUAAUGCUCAACAGAUUGCCCAAGGUCAAAGUGUUCCAAAGGCAGAUAAAUUUGCUUUCAACUCUUCGUGUUCGUCUUAAACAUUCUGUGUGUGUUGAAUCCUUGCUUACUGGCUGUGAGACUCAGCGAGGAGGCCUAGGGUGCGCGAGUUAAAGGGCAGCACCUCUUCACCUUCACACCUUUGAACUUCUAUAAUGCUAUCUUCACGAGUGUCGUAGAGCUCAAAUCGUCUACAGUACUGCCUGAAAAUUCUUGUUUAACCCUUUAACUCCUAAAAGUGACGAGCCUCUAUAUUGUCCUUUUAAUACCACUACUUACAAAGGUAAUAGUAAAUAUCUCGCAAAAAGUCUAGGGCCAGAAGACAGAUUUGGUGUCACCUUUCAAGGAUGAUGCAAUUCUUGUUUCACCUUACAUUAGGGGCAGAUGUUGCAAAGCUUAUCGUAAACAAUGCCCGAUUUUGAGAAGGUAUGGACGCGAGGAUUAAGAAAGGAAUGGAGCGUUGCCGGGCUCCCAGAUAAAGAAAACGACUGCUCGGUUUAUCAGAGUGAAAUUCCAGAAAAACGUGAUAUACCGGACCAGUGUGGUAGCCGAUCGAUGCGAGUGUGUCUGUCUCCUGAUCGGGGUGGUAGUCUGUCGUAAGACUCUUGUCAUCUCUAAAUGUUUUUGCUGAUGGGUUUCUCGCAAAUUUUUAGCCAGAUUUUUUAUCUUUGAAAAAUUAAAUAUUCAGGACAGGAAUUAUUUCCUUCUUUAGUGUGAUAUAUAGGUCAUUUCAUCGAGUCAAUUUUAAAGAACAACAAAAAUAUACCUAUCACCCCUCUCUUGUUAAAAAAAUAGCAAGCGGUGCAUGACGCUAGUCAUGAACGAUAUCUCCAUUGUGAUUGGUUUAAGAAGCUCAUGUGAUAAAUUUACCGCGCCACAACUACGCAUCUCCAUAAAUUUACUUGUUAUCGACUAGUGAGCAAAGUCCGACAUGGCUAAAUAUUGAAUUGAUAGUCUCUUAUAUUGCAAUCGAGGUGCUGUGAGAGGGAGUAUGUGCAUCAAAAAGGAUAGGGAAAAUAGUUUAUCUACCAGGGGAUAAUAGUAAAUUUCACAAUGCGGAUAACCGGAGUUUUGUACGAAGAUGUCGCCAAGCUCAUUCAACGCUUCAGUCGCUACCAACAGUCUUCUUUGUCGAUUGAGCAAUUCACGACUUUCGGCAAAACUGCAAAGCCCAUAGAAUCUUUACAGUUUGGUCGACAUGAAUUACCUGUGCGACUUGCGCAUAUUAUUCGUGAGAUUGAUCUUCUUCCCAAGAACUUGCUGAAGACGCCUUCAGUUGAGCUUGUUAGAAGCUGGUAUGUUCAGAGCUUUAGUGAAUUAAUUGAGUUCCAGGAUGAACAAGAAACAGAUGAAGUUUCAAAUAGAUAUACCCAAAGUUUGAUGCACAUCAAACAGAGGCAUGAUAAUGUUGUCGAGACUAUGGCUCAGGGAAUUAUGGAAUUAAGAGAGAGGGAAGGAGAUGGUGCAUUUCAUCCAUCAAUAGAAUACUUUUUAGAUCGUUUUUACAUGAAUCGGAUUAGUAUACGAAUGCUUAUCACGCAGCAUUUGGUGCUGUUUGGUCAAGAUGCAAGAAGCUCUAAGAGUAAUUUUAUUGGCUGUUUUGACCCAACCUGUCAUGUUGCUUCUGUAGUAGAAGAUGCAAUCAACAAUGCUGCCUACCUGUGUGAACAUUAUUAUUGUGCUGCUCCUGAGGUGGAAAUUUCUGAGUUUAAUGCUGUUGAUCUUAAAAAACCAAUCCAAAUGGCCUAUGUACCUGGACACUUGUAUCACAUGCUUUUUGAAUUAUUGAAGAAUGCCAUGCGUGCAGUUGUGGAGCAACAUGGAAGCAGUAGUGAUGCACCACCUAUAAAGAUCAUGAUAACCAAAGGAAGACAUGACAUGACAAUCAAGAUUUCUGAUCAAGGAGGUGGAAUCCCAAAGAGUACAAUUGACCAAGUGUUUGAGUAUCACUAUACGUCAGCACCAGAGCCACUAAAAGCUGGUUCUGCUGCACCUAUGGCCGGUUAUGGAUACGGGCUGCCGUUAUCAAGACUCUACGCUAGAUAUUUUGAUGGAGACAUGCAGCUUUAUUCCAUGGAGGGUUUUGGUACAGACGCUGUAAUCUGGUUAAAGGCGCUAUCAGCUGAAGCAAGUGAAAUUCUACCUCAAUACACCAGACGGACACCAAAGAAUUAUGAAGAAGUUAGACUAGCAGCUCAGCACUGUCGAGAUUGGAGCUCUUCCAAAUUCUACGGAUAUGGAAGUAAAUCCAUGUCGACAUAUCAAGGAAUGAUGAAAGCUAGGAGGUUGCAUAACAGUCGAAGGACUGCCAACUCGUCGUAAUUAGGUUUUACACUAGGGUCCCGUGUGCAGACAGAGUAUUUUAGAUAGACUUGUCUUUGAUAUUAUUUUACCAGAAAAUUUCGUAAGGUCUUCAAGUCCAACUUUACUUGACUCUAGAUAGAGGAGAAAGAUAGAUUAAAUUUAUUAAUCUCACCUGAACUACAUUUUGUAUGGGCAGCAAAUUCGUUGCAGACAGACGCCUCUGUGGAUCUGGACAAUUCAAGGUUCGAAUAUUGUUAUUUUCGAAAUGAUCAUAGACAAACGAAGUCCCACCUGACAAUGCCAGUCAAGUUGUCUUAGUUGAGGAAUUUAAAAUUGACACAGCGAUUGGGUAAAGUUUUCUUCUAUCUGCUUUAAAACUAUAUUUUAUAAUAUAUUUGUGAACAUAAACUGGUACAAUAAUCUCAGUGUAAGGAAACAACUGUUUUAAGUUAUUUACACGAUUUUUCCUUCGAAUUUUCAGUCCGAGGACCGUCGUUUUGAUUCACACGCUCAAUUUUUCACUAAGUUAUCAAUGUGUUUACAAAGAUGUAUUUAAAGGAGAUUUCAAAAGGGUCAUGACAUUGAGGGUUUUUCUCGUGGGGAUUUAGUUUCUUUAAUUAUAUCGUCUUACGAUUGAAUCACUUCUCCGUUAUUUAGAUCGUUUGUGGUCGGAAGUGUUAAGAAAAACUUCCCACUUAGUAAAAUUAAUAAUAAGUUUUGCUAGUAAUGCUAAUCGGUUGGGAAAAUUUCACUUUGUCCUCCCGCUUUGAACUGGACAUCUUUGCCAAGACAGAUGUCGAGAAAGCAAAAUAUUCAUUGAACAGUUAGGAAACGUGAACCAAUUAAAAAAUUACAUUGGAGAGAG